GGGAGGGUCAGAAAGGUCGUGAGGGUCAGAAAGGUCGCGAGGGGUCAGAUAGGGUCAGAAAGGUCGCGAGGGGUCAGAAGGGUCAGAUAAGGUCAGAAAGGUCGCGAGGGUCAGAAAGGUCGCGAGGGGUCACAAAGAUCGCGAGGGGUCACAAAGAUCGCGAGGGUCAAAAAGGUCGCGAGGGUCAGAAAGGUCGCGAGGGGUCACAAAGAUCGCGAGGGUCAGAAAGGUCGCGAGGGAAUAUGAAAACACUUACCUCUGAGGCUCUAAACACGGGAACCGAGGGAAGCAGCCGUGAAGUUAAGAUUUCUGAUUCACAUAAAACGGUCAUUCCUGGCCGCAGUGGUCGUGGUCGCAGUGGUCGUGGCCGCAGUGGUCGUGGUCGCAGUGGUCGUGGUCGCAGUGGUCGUGGUCGCAGUGGUCGUGGUCGCAGUGGUCCUGGCCGCAGUGGUCGCAGUGGUCCUGGCCGCAGUGGUCGUGGUCGCAGUGGUCGUGGCCGCAGUGGUCGCAGUGGUCGUGGUCGCAGUGGUCGUGGUCGCAGUGGUCGUGGUCGCAGUGGUCCUGGCCGCAGUGGUCCUGGCCGCAGUGGUCCUGGCCGCAGUGGUCCUGGUCGCAGUGGUCGUGGUCGCAGUGGUCGUGGCCGCAGUGGUCCUGGCCGCAGUGGUCCUGGCCGCAGUGGUCGUGGUCGCAGUGGUCGUGGUCGCAGUGGUCCUGGCCGCAGUGGUCGUGGUCGCAGUGGUCGUGGUCGCAGUGGUCCUGGCCGCAGUGGUCCUGGCCGCAGUGGUCGUGGCCGCAGUGGUCCUGGCCGCAGUGGUCGUGGCCGCAGUGGUCCUGGCCGCAGUGGUCCUGGCCGCAGUGGUCCUGGCCGCAGUGGUCCUGGCCGCAGUGGUCCUGGCCGCAGUGGUCCUGGCCGCAGUGGUCGUGGUCGCAGUGGUCGUGGUCGCAGUGGUCCUGGCCGCAGUGGUCCUGGCCGCAGUGGUCGCAGUGGUCCUGGCCGCAGUGGUCCUGGCCGCAGUGGUCCUGGCCGCAGUGGUCGUGGUCGCAGUGGUCCUGGCCGCAGUGGUGGCCGCUGGCCGCAGUGGUCCUGGCCGCAGUGGUCCUGGCCGGUCCUGGCCGCAGUGGUCCUGGCCGCAGUGGUCCUGGCCGCAGUGGUCCUGGCCGCAGUGGUCCUGGCCGCAGUGGUCCUGGCCGCAGUGGUCCUGGCCGCAGUGGUCGUGGCCGCAGUGGUCGUGGCCGCAGUGGUCCUGGCCGCAGUGGUCCUGGCCGCAGUGGUCCUGGCCGCAGUGGUCCUGGCCGCAGUGGUCGUGUGGCCGCCGUGGCCGCAGUGGUCAGUGGUCGUGGCCGCAGUGGUCCUGGCCGCAGUGGUCGUGGCCGCAGUGGUCCUGGCCGCAGUGGUCCUGGCCGCAGUGGUCCUGGCCGCAGUGGUCGUGGCCGCAGUGGUCGUGGCCGCAGUGGUCGUGGCCGCAGUGGUCGUGGCCGCAGUGGUCGUGGCCGCAGUGGUCGUGGCCGCAGUGGUCCUGGCCGCAGUG